AUGCAACAUAAGCUUCCCCGCAAGCUCCGGGACAUGAUAUACGACCACAUCCUCUCCCCUGCUCGAGAUGAACCGAUUUUCAUCAACAACGAUUACUUCGAAAUCGUCGACGAGCCAUACCGGGACAUUAUUGCGGGUUACGCCGAGGAACGCGGAUACGGAUACGCGCAUAUGUGUAGCGAGAAAUUUGUUGAUCUGGACACUAUGAGCGAGUUUGCACGUCGCUGGUAUUAUCAUACCAGAUUGUGGCUAUAUCUCACACCUACGGAGGUCGCUGAGUUCUUCGAGACUGAUAUCUGGGGUCUCGGUCUGGAAGGCAAUCGUCUGCUGCGCCAUGUCGAGGUCGAGUUGUGCGAACAAUUCGACGAAGACGACGCCACUCCACUCCGACAAUGCCUAUUCAAGCUCGCGCCUGGCGCAUCGAUCGUUUUCCACCUGCGAGUAGAUUACAUUUAUGGCCCAGGUGAGUACACGUAUGACGAGGAAUUCACCAUGUGCCUCCUCUCCGAACGCGUGAGCGAGCUAUUUUCUCUGAUGCGGCAGCUGAUCGAAGCUGGCUAUGAAUUGGGCGUGAUCGACACGUGA